AUGGGCUGUGGGAGGCAGUGGAGCUCUAAAAUCUGGUGGCUGACGGUGGUUGCCAACAUAUUGUUCUUCCUUAAUGGGAACGCAAAGGGGACAGUUAUGGGAACAAAUUUGCCUUCAGCUCCGGGGGUGAAGUUGUUGGUUGAGGAUCAUCAAGUGGUAUUGCAAAAUGGCAUCAUCAACGUUACAUUGUCAGCUCCGGACGGCCUGGUCACAAAAAUCAGCUAUAACGGGCUGGAUAAUUUACUAGAAGUUGGAAACGAAGACGAUGAUCGAGGGUAUUGGGAUGUCGUUUGGACCAAAAGUAAGACACUGGACUACUUGAAAGGAGCGAGUUAUAAGGUGGAAGUGGAAAAUGAGAAUCAGGUCGAGAUCUCAUUUACCAAAAAAUGGGACGCUUCCCUCAAUGGCAAAAUCGUUCCCUUGAAUGUAGACAAAAGGUUCGUUAUGCUGCGGGGAUCUGCAGGAUUUUACACCUAUGCCGUGCUUGAACAUGCACCUGGAAUGCCUGAUCUGGACAUCCCAGAAGCAAGAGUUGUAUUUAAGCUUCAGCAUGACAAGUUUCACUACAUGGCUGUAUCCGAUGUCAAGCAAAGAUUGAUGCCACAGCCUGUGGACCGUCAGACAGGUCAGGUGCUUGAUUUUCCUGAAGCCGUUCUGUUAACAAAACCAGUUGAUCCCAUAUUCAAAGGAGAGGUUGAUGACAAGUACUUCUAUGCGGGUGACAACUUCGACAACCGGGUUUACGGGUGGGUAUGCAGUGACCCAACCAUUGGGUUUUGGAUGAUCACACCUAGUAACGAGUUCCGUAACGGCGGGCCCUUCAAGCAAGAUCUUACAACCCAUGUUGGUCCCACCGUCCUCAAUAUGUUUGUAAGUACCCACUACGCGGGAGAUGAGCUCGCAUUGCAAUUCACAAGCGGAGAGACAUGGAAAAAGGUUUUCGGGCCGGUUUUUGUGUAUCUUAACUCAGACGUUAAAGCCAAGGAAAAUCCUUCCCUACUUUGGCAAGAUGCAAAGCAACGGAUGUUAAAAGAAGUUGAAGCAUGGCCAUACACAUUUCCAAGUUCCAAGGAUUUCUUUAAACCCAAUCAAAGAGGAACAGUUGGAGGUCAAUUGCAAGUUCUUGACAAGUUCACGAAUAAGGCCCCUGUCCCAGGCGUAGACGCCUAUGUAGGAUUAGCAGCACCAGGAGCCGCAGGAUCAUGGCAAAGAGAAAGCAAGGGCUAUCAGUUUUGGACCAAAACUGAUGCUAAAGGGAACUUCGUAAUCAAGGGAAUCAUACCAGGGAAAUAUAGCUUGUAUGCAUCGGUACCAGGAUUUAUUGGGGAUUUCAAACAUAGCCAAGAUGUCACCAUAACCCCAGGAUCCAACGUUAAUUUGGGUAAUUUGGUCUACAAGCCUCCGAGAAAUGGACCUACACUAUGGGAGAUAGGUGUGCCAGACCGCACAACCGGUGAAUUCUUUGUUCCCGAGCCGGAACCAACUUUAAAGGUCCACGUAUUUACGACCGGCGAUGGUGAAAGCGGAACAUACGAUGACAAAUUUAGACAGUACGGAUUGUGGAAGCGUUACAAUGACUUGUACCCUACAAGUGAUUUGGUGUACACCGUCGGAGUCAGCAACCAUACAAAAGAUUGGUUCUAUGCUCAAGUUCAAAGGUGCAAGGACAAACAGACUUGCAUCGGAACCACCUGGCAAAUUGUAUUUAACCUCCAAGAAUUGACUGCCUCUGGAAAUUACACUCUCCAAUUAGCACUGGCAUCCGCAAGUUUUGCCGAGCUUCAAGUCCGAUUCAACGACAGAAAUGCAGCUCCUCUCUUUACAGCAGGUCUAAUUGGGAGGGAUAAUGCCGUGGCCAGACAUGGGACUCAUGGCCUGUAUUGGCUCUUUAGCAUUGGUGUACCUAGCAAUUUGCUUGUCAAAGGGAAAAACACAAUAUUUCUAACGCAAGCAAGAAACUCCGACCAGUUUAGAGGAUUCAUGUACGACUACAUCCGAUUUGAAGCUCCCGCAACCCCAUGA